GCGCACACGGGGGCCGAGAGUGGAGCCGCUGCAGGGACUCGAACCGUCGAACCGCAGAACCGAACCGCAGCAUGUCGACGCUUCAGGAGAUCGGCGAGCGCGAGGAGAGCGGGAGGGCGGCCAAGCGUCUGAAAACCGAGCGGAGAGAGGAGGAGCUGGAGGAGGGCGAGGAGUCCGACUCCGGCUCGCUGCCUGACACCGGAGCGGAGGACUGUCGGGCCCGGUACGGAACCGGACGGAGGGACAAUGGAGCGGAUUCCCAUCGGAUCUCCCCCAGUCCUGUGGUCCAUGUCAGAGGUCUGUGUGAAGCUGUGGUGGAAGCAGACCUGAUCGAUGCCCUGGAGAAGUUUGGAGCCAUUUGCUACGUGAUGAUGAUGCCCUUUAAGCGUCAGGCCCUGGUGGAGUUUUCGGCGGUGGAGAGCGCGGAUCGCUGUGUGUCCUGUGGAGCCAAGGAGCCCGUGUACAUCGCAGGGCAGCAGGCAUAUUUUAAUUACUCCACAUCCAAGAGGAUCACCAGACCAACCAACGCCGACAACCCCAACAGCGGCAACAAGGUCCUGCUGCUGUCCAUACAGAACCCUCUCUACCCGAUAACCACGGAUGUUCUCUACACCGUGUGUAAUCCCAUUGGCAGCGUUCUGAGGAUCGUCAUCUUUAAACGCAACGGGAUCCAGGCCAUGGUGGAGUUUGACUCUGUUCAGUGUGCCCAGAAGGCCAAAGCAGCUCUGAAUGGGGCCGAUAUCUACGCUGGCUGCUGCACGCUGAAGAUCGAAUACGCUCGACCAACACGACUGAACGUGAUUAAGAACGACAGUGAGAGCUGGGACUACACUAAACCAUACCUGGUCCGACGAGAGCGUGGAAAAGGCCGCCACAGACAGGCCAUACUGGGAGAACACCCAUCAUCCUUCAGUGAUAACGGCUACGGUCCUCCAUGCCCCCUGCUGCCUCUGCCGGGCAACAGCAGGUACAAACUGACCUCAGUGGACAUCCCAGACAUGGUGUCCUACCCUCUGCCCCAGUCAUUAUCUUCAUACUCUGGCCACGCCUCGAGCUCUGUUGCUAUGGUCAGUGGCCUCCAUCCAUCCAAGAUGAACUGCACACGCAUCUUUAACCUCUUUUGCCUUUAUGGCAACAUCGAAAAGGUGAAGUUCAUGAAGAGUGUUCCUGGCACGGCGUUGGUGGAGAUGGGGGAUGAGUAUGCUGUGGACAGAGCCAUCACACAUCUCAACAGCAUCAAGGUGUUUGGCAAGAGACUCAACGUGUGUGUGUCAAAGCAGCAUGCGGUGAUUCCCAGCCAGGUGUUUGAGUUGGAGGAUGGCAGCAGCAGCUACAAGGACUUUGCCAUGACCAGGAAUAAUCGCUUCAGUAGUGCCGGCCAGGCCUCCAAAAACAUCAUCCAACCGCCGUCUGCAGUGCUGCACUACUACAACGUCCCGCCGUGCAUAUCGCAAGACCAGUUACUGAAGCUGUGUGAGGAGCACGACGUUCCCGGGUUUGUCAAAUUCAAGAUGUUUGAUGCCAAACCUUCCUCGAAGACCAUCUCUGGUUUGUUGGAGUUUGACAGUAAGACCGAAGCUGUCGAGGUCCUGACGGUUCUGAACCACUACCAGAUCAGGAUUCCCAAUGGGUCCAACCCGUACACCCUGAAACUCUGUUUCUCCACCUCCUCUCAUCUGUGAAGACGUCUGCAGGACCAGGAGACACACAAAGUCUGUCCAGACGAG